GGUUCUGAGAAUGUUCUGUUUAAGGCGAACUAUCUUUAAAGGCAAUGUUUUUUUAUGAAUCUUUUGUUGGGUACUUCAUUUGCAGUACUGAAAACUGCACAUAGAUUCUACAUUUUCUGGUUUUCUGGUGUAGCAGAUGAAAUAAGAAAUUUCAAGAAAAUAAGCAACAUGGUGAUGAGCUCCAUGAUGAAUACUGUCCAUCUCGCAGACUAGCACUUACUCAAUCAAGAAAAAAUGGGAAAGCGAAGUUUAUAUGGUAGACUCUGAUAACUGCAUAAGAAGUGCAGAUGUUAGACCAUAAGUAGCAGUUUGUUUUGCCUGUACUAAAAGGAUCUUGUGCUUCGACUUGCUGUCUACAAGACCUUGGAAAAGCAUAGGGGUUGCGUAAAUACAGUGAGCUUCAAUGCUGAAGGAGACAUACUUGUGUCUGGAUCCGAUGACAGAUUUGUUAUGUUGUGGGACUGGGAAUCUGCCCGUGUGAAGCUAUCUUUCCACUCUGGGCAUACCAACAAUGUUUUUCAAGCAAAGAUCAUGCCAUACACUAAUGAUCGAAGUAUUGUAACAUGUGCUGCAGAUGGGCAGGUGAGACAUGCUCAAAUCCAAGAAGACAGCCAAGUGAAUACAAGACAGUUGGGAAAGCAUCAAGGACGAGCUCAUAAGUUGGCAAUUGAGCCAGGAAGCCCUCACAUAUUUUAUACAUGCGGUGAAGAUGGAUCCGUUCGGCAUUUUGAUUUGCGAUCUAGUUCUGCUACAAGGCUCUUCACGUGCAAGGCUUUCUCUUCGGAUAGAUCAGCAUAUAUGCCAACAGUCCAUCUUAAUACCAUUUCAAUAGAUCCAAGGAAUCCAAAUCUCUUCGCAGUUGGUGGGACUGAUGAGUUUGCCCGUCUCUACGACAUCCGCAAAUACAAUUGGGAUGGAUCAAAUGAUUUUGGUCAACCCACAGACUGUUUCUCCCCACAACAUCUGAUUGGUGACGAGCAAGUGGGGAUUACAGGCCUGGCCUUCUCAAACCAGAGCGAGUUACUUGUCUCCUACAGUGAUGAGCAUAUCUAUUUAUUCGCAAGAGAUAUGGGAGUAGGACCAACUCCUGUGCCGCCAUCUCCAUCAUCCGAGGCAAGCAACGCCAGUGGAGAUUCUAAUCCAACUACACAAGCAUCUCCAUCAGCCAAUGAUGCUGAUGCUGAUACUGCUGAACACCUAGUUUACAAGGGGCAUAGAAAUUGUGAUACUGUGAAGGGUGUUUCAUUUUUUGGGCCCAGAGAUGAAUAUGUGGUAAGUGGUUCUGAUUGUGGUAGGAUCUUCAUUUGGAGGAAGAAAGACGGGGAGAUACUGCGUGCUAUGGAAGCAGACAAGCAUAUAGUAAACUGCAUUGAAUCCCAUCCCCAUGUGACUAUGCUUGCUAGUAGUGGCAUUGAGCAUGACAUAAAGAUCUGGACUCCAAAGGCUGAUGAUAGAGCAUCACUGCCCGUAAAAGUUGAACAGGUUGAACCUGGACGCUUUACUUGCCUUGCCCUCGGUUGGGAGUAUGACGAUGACGAUUUUGAUUAUGAGAAUGAUGACGAUGCCGCCGACUUCUGUGAGCACGAAGACAGUGACGAUGAAGACAGUGAUAGUGAUGAUGAUGAUGAUGGUGACGCUAGCGACGAUUACGAUAAUGAUGAUGCUGAUGAUAAUGAUAAUAUUAAUGAUGCGGAUGAUAAUGCAGAGGCAGAGAUCUACAGCCAGCAACAAUAUGGAUGAUACAGCUGCAGGCGUUAACUUGCUAGAGCUUUUUGCUGCCCUUAAUCGUGAUGUUGAUGGUGAUAAUGACAGUUAUGAUGGUGCCGACAACGACUCAGAUGGUGAUGUAGCAGAUACAUGUAGAGUUAACUAGCAUCUGGUGAUCAAC